GAAGACAGUGGGGUCGGGUGUAUGAUCCGCCAUAGACGGUAGCGCAUCCUCGGGUUGGUGAGCUCCCUGUCUCCGGAGCUGUCAUCAUCGAUCAGGGAGGGGCGAGCUCAGAGAUGCCGGCUCCUUCUUGGUCCAGGGCCGGUGAAGCCCUCCUCUCCUCCUCCUCCUACCCCAGCCUCUCCUCCUCCUCCUCCCCGCAUUGCCCACCUAGGCAUCCCCCUUGUCCAGCAGCCGGCGUGCUGAAUGGAGAUGUCACUACAAAGCGGAGGACGAGCGCUGGGGGGCGCAGCCGGCGCCCACUGACCUGCCAUGUACUGGGGGCGCUGUCCUGUGAUCAGGGCUCCUGUGGUUUCCCGACAAGAUCUGGGUUUGCAGCGUUGACAGAGGAUCUGCAGUGAUCUGGGGGGCAGUUUUUAUAACCUUUACAUGGGAGCUAUAGGAAGGGCUGCUGCAACUGCAUCUGUCUGCGUCACAGCCUCCUGCAGGGAAAUCUGCUGAGUUUUUUUUUUUUUCUUCUUAAACUGAUAUGUACCAUGAUUCCACCCGACUGGGGACACACGGCUCUCAGCCUACAGCCACCAAUCUAAUGGAAAGUGGGGUUCAUCGCAAAAAGGAUCUCGCUCUAAGAAACGGGUGUCCAGCAGAAUCCAAUGACUGUACGGGGACAUCUAUGAAUAUUCAUGGGAUGAACACUAUUGUGGAUAUCCUAGAUACUGCAAUGCUCAACUCGGGGAAAGAAACCCAGCUUGUACCAGCUGCUAAAGACUCUAAAACGGUCAAGCUGAGGUUCUUAAGAAGAACUGUAAUAGAGUCCGAUCAAGAAGAACCUCCAGUUCUAGAUUUGAACGAAUCUCAAAACCGCAACAAGGUCAUCCCUAUCUCUAGAGCCAGGCGAGCCAUUGCCAAGAGGGUGCAUGAGGUCAGUGACCAGGUUGUGACCAAAGAGGCCCCUGAACCCAAGUCCGAGACCUCCAGUGAAAACAAAGCGGAAGGACUACCAGCCCAAGUGGAACUAGAGAAAAAAGAUGAACCCGAAAUUGCAAAAGAGGUACCAAAGUCCAAAAAAGAAGAGGAGGACGACAACGAAGAGGAUUCUGACAUUAAAGCUGUUUCUACCUCCCCCGAUGGCAGGUUUUUAAAGUUUGACAUUGAAAUCGGAAGAGGCUCCUUUAAGACGGUUUAUAAGGGUCUGGAUACAGAAACAUGGGUGGAGGUAGCAUGGUGUGAACUUCAGGAUCGUAAACUAACAAAGCUUGAGAGACAGCGAUUUAAAGAGGAGGCAGAGAUGCUGAAAGGUUUACAACACCCGAACAUUGUCAGGUUUUACGACUUCUGGGAAUCUUGUCUGAAGGGGAAGAAGUGUAUUGUUCUGGUUACCGAACUUAUGACAUCAGGGACACUGAAGACAUACUUGAAGAGAUUUAAGGUGAUGAAACCAAAGGUUUUGCGCAGCUGGUGUCGGCAGAUACUGAAAGGACUGCACUUUCUUCACACCCGGGCGCCACCCAUCAUCCAUCGGGACUUAAAAUGUGACAACAUUUUUAUUACAGGGCCGACCGGCUCUGUAAAAAUUGGAGAUCUUGGGCUGGCCACUCUCAAACGAGCGUCUUUUGCCAAAAGUGUAAUAGGGACUCCCGAGUUUAUGGCACCUGAAAUGUAUGAAGAACAUUAUGACGAGUCUGUGGAUGUUUAUGCUUUUGGAAUGUGCAUGUUAGAAAUGGCUACCUCAGAAUAUCCAUACUCCGAAUGCCAGAACGCUGCUCAGAUCUAUCGGAAAGUGACCAGUGGAGUAAAACCAGCAAGCUUUGAGAAAGUGCCAGACCCUGAAAUCAAAGAGAUAAUCGGGGAGUGCAUCUGCAAGAAGAAGGAGGAGAGGUAUGAAAUUAAAGACUUAUUAAGCCAUGCUUUCUUUGCUGAAGACACUGGGGUGAGGGUGGAACUUGCAGAGGAGGACCACGGCAGGAAGUCCACAAUUGCCUUAAGACUGUGGGUGGAAGACCCUAAAAAGUUGAAAGGAAAACCCAAAGAUAAUGGAGCCAUUGAGUUUACUUUUGACUUGGAGAAGGAAACGCCUGAAGAUGUUGCACAAGAAAUGGUUGAAUCAGGAUUUUUCCAUGAUAGUGAUGUGAAAAUUGUGGGAAAGUCAAUACGAGAUCGAGUGGCAUUAAUCCAAUGGAGACGAGCAAGGAUUCGUGUGGAGAAUGGUGAAAGUGAGGGCCUAGAACAAAUGAAUGUGCCACAGACACCACUUGCACCAUUGGCCCAUUCUUCCCACAUUGGUCAAAAUAUGAUGAAUGAAGCAGAUGAACUUGAGACUGACCAGCAUUCAUUUUUGCCCAAACUACCCGCCAGCAUAACUUCAGUUGCAUCUGACAGCACAUUUGACAGUGGUCAGGGGUCUACAGUCUAUUCGGACUCACAAAGCAGUCAGCAAAGUGUAAUUUACUCCUCUCUGCCAGACUCUCUACCCUCUGCGGUCCAGCGAGUAUACAGCCCACCCAUCAUCGAGGGACAGGUAUCACAGAGCCCUCAACAUCAGCUGGGGCAGUACCAGCAAGCUGCAGCACAUGGUGUUUGUAGUGCCCCUACAUUGCACUCCGGACUACCACAACAUCAUUACCAAGACCCAAGCACAUCUUACCCUUUUGCACAGCCAACCACUGUUGCAUCUCUCCAGUUUGGGCCUGCCGCACCUGUAUUAUCCAGCCAGCAGCAGCCAGUUCAACACCUACAGCAAAUUCCAGCCGGGCAUACUGUCUGUCCAGUGCAGCCUACCUCCCAUACAUACCCACAGUACCAGCCACCACUCAAACCUCUACAGAUCUCCACUGUACCAUUGCAGCAGCACCAGGUACCUGCAUCACAGCUUCCUCCGUAUCCUCUCAUUCCAGCAGUUACUCCUCUAACAGGACUCGAGAGCCUCCCUGCCAAUCUCUCUGACUUACCUGCUGUCUGUAUCACUCCCCUGCCUGCUCCUUGUCAGUAUUUCCCUUCAGGUGUGGUUAUGCCCAACCUUCCUGUGACUCCCGCAGGGCUCCCACCAGGGCAAAUAGUCAAUCCGCAAUUGGUGCUACCCUAUGAGACAAAUCUUAUGCCAAACAUACAGGUGGCUCCUGUACCUUUAUUAACGGUGGCUCCCCCUGGUGGGCCUGGAUUACCAACCCCACAACCGCUGCCACUGCAUUCCCAAACACAGGUGUACCAGGCCUCCUUUCAACAGAUCAUUCAGAGUGAUGUCCCUAUGGUUCAUCACUCACAAAGUGUUCCGCCUGUGUCACAGCAACCCCAUCCACCUCUUCCUCAGUCACAUCAUCCGAGCAUAACCCAUCCACCUGAUCAGACUACAUCUGGGGCUGGGAACCAGGUCAUUGGUCUUCCGCAGUAUUCAGUGGAACUGGGCACUCCUAUAGCAAUGAUGCCUGUUGCUUCAGUGAUAUCACCACCUGUGCAUCUAUCAAAUGAUACUCCCCCACCCCAUCAGGGGCAAGAUCCACUUGCACAAGUAUCAUACCCACAUGCCACAACGGAGAUGACUUUUGCUGAAAAUCAAAGUAUGCAUAUAGGGUCAGGCCUAUCACAGGUUACUGAUCCUCAUAACCUGGCCAAUGCCAUCCGGUCGUACACUGAAUCCAGUCAAGAGGAAACUUUGUUACAAGAGAAUCUGCCAACCUCCAGUCAGAGCUGUGACAAUUAUAUAGGUUCUGAUGCAGCAUCUGGUAAAGAAAUGAGUGACUAUGAGGGCGUCCAUGGUGGUGGUAAACAAGAUGGAAAACCAGCAAGGAAACACCACCGGCGGUCAUCUCGUACUCGCUCUCGACAAGAAAAGACCAAUAAACCCAAACUGACCAUUCUUAAUGUGUGCAACACUGGAGACAAAAUGGUGGAGUGUCAACUGGAAACACACAACCAUAAAAUGGUGACCUUUAAAUUUGACUUGGAUGGUGAUGCACCAGAGGAGAUUGCUACAUACAUGGUGGAAAAUGAAUUCAUACUGCAGGCUGAGAAAGAGAUUUUCAUUGAGCAGAUGAAGGAUGUUAUCGACAAGGCAGAGGACAUGCUGAGUGAGGAUACAGAAGGGGAGAGAAGCUCCGAUCAAGGGGCAAGUCCUCAGCAAACAGACUCCUUCAGGGUGGAAAUGAGGGAGGAAAAUCCGCUCAACCCUGAAAAAACUCCAGUGUACCAACAGAAUGUUUUGCAUACAGGAAAGAGAUGGUUUAUCAUCUGUCCAGUGAAGGAAUGCCCAACUACUGCAGAAGGGUCAUCCCUCAAUGGUAACCAGGAAGUUCAGAGUAAUCUCAAAGAUGAAAGAAUUUCUGAAAUCAACCAACAUGAGUGUCCAACAAGUGAGGAUAAGACUAUUUCAGCUGCGACUCAGUCCAUUUUAACAGAUGCAUGUGACCAGUCCAUGGGAAUUCCUGCUUCCAUGACACAAUCCUCCUCAACAAUCUCGCCCACUGAGAUGCAAACUCUUCCAGAAUCCCUUUCCUUCCUCCAAGGAGAUACUAUCACUAUUGGUGCAUCUGCUAUUUUACAACCUGUGAUAGAAGCACAACCAGACUCGGUUAUCUUGGAUGGUGUUCUGCUAAAAGAGGCGCCAGUUGUACCUCAACCAGAGCACAAGCCAUGUGUGUUACCACCUGAUAAGACAAGUUUGACCACAAAUGAAACUGUUCAGUCAGAACAUGUAAAAUGUGACAAUGGUCAUGUGCAGAAGGUUCCUCAGGAAAAAGUUCUCGAUCUUAAGCCUGAGCAUCAGGUGUUAUAUGAUUCAGAUACUGGUUCUCCUGUUGUAGUCCAAUUAAAGUCAGAAACUGGAUUGACUAUUCAGGGUAUCCCAAUAACUGAUCAACUACAUGUCAUUCAAGAAGUAUCUCCAGCAUCGCAACCCACCUUACAGACACAAGCCCAAGGUUUAGCUGUGACCUUGAUUAACCCAAAUCUUCAGCAGUCGGGCAUAGAGUCUGAUGGGGAAGGGCCACCUAGAUUGGAGUUCACUGAUGACACUAUUAAGACUUUAGAUGAGAAACUCCGUACAUUACUAUACCAGGAGUAUACUCCAGCUAACAUGCCUGCUGGGACACCAGAGAACUCUGUCACAUUAGAGAAUGCACCAGAGGUCAUCAACUCCCAGCCACUAAACCAGGACAUCAACACACUCUCAGCUCUACAAAUUGAACAUGGUGGUGAUAUGGUUUGUGACUUACAAAGUCAGAGGGGCCAAGCACAAAGACGUGGCUCUGGAGAUCAGAAAUGGGAGGAAAAUGCCAUCGAUAGAUCUCCUAAAAGAAGAUCACAUCAUGCUGACAAGUCUAAAACUAUUGGGAGGUUUUCCGUGAUGAGUACCGAAGACGAGGUCACCAUAACCUCUCCAAAUUAUCUGAGGUUUUCUGCACCACCAGAUGUGUAUCUGGAUCAACUUCCACCACAACCAGUCAGGACCUCAGUCCCGCGGGCUCACACCUCCUCACCUAUAAACUCUCUCUUCUGUGGACACGUGUCUAGUGAUUCAGGGGAUGAAAUCCCUCCACCAAAACCCAAAGAUGGCCCUUCAACCCCAAGCAAAGGGGCAACUAAUGACUUCAUAAAGAAAGCUACUGCUUUUUUGCAUCGAAAGGCCAGUAUGCAAAGCCCAGAUUCUCCUAGUGGCCAGGCCAUGAAAAUCCCCUCAAUAAAUGUUACAUCUUUUCAUUCGCAGUCUUCCUAUAUGAGCAGCGAUAAUGAUUCUGAGUUUGAAGAUGCGGACAUGAAGAAAGAGCUACAAAAUCUCAGAGAAAAGCACAUGAAAGAAAUUUCUGAGUUACAAGUGCAGCAGAGGAAAGAGAUAGAAGCCCUUUACAUCAGACUGGGUAAACCUCUUCCACCUAAUGUGGGAUUCCUUCAUGCAGCGCCACCAAGUGGCCGCAGACGGAGAAUCAGCAAAAACAAAUUGAAAAGUGGAAAGCUGCUCAAUCCUUUGGUUCAGCAAUUGAAAAACGGUACAAGUGAUAUAACCACUGAUUGUAAUGGGUCUCCUUCCAAGGAUCCAUUGAAGUCUCAACUGGACCCAAAGAAUAGACUUGCAGUUACCUCCCUGACAGCAUCUCCGGGUCGAGCCGUUCAGACCCAGCAGCCUUGUUCAGUGAAAGUGACAGUGUCCUCAGAUAAUAUCUGUUCUGGGGUUGUCCGGGAUGGUGUUGAUAUGCAUGGCAGCAGCGGACAAGGCUGGACGGUUUACCACCAAACUUCUGAGCGAGUGACCUAUAAGUCUAGUAGCAAACCUCGUACCCGAUUCCUCAGUGGACCUGUCUCUUUAUCCAUCUGGUCCACUCUGAAACGGCUAUGUCUAGGCAAAGAGCACAGCAGUAGAUCCUCAACAAGCAGUCUUGCUGUAGGACCCGAACAGUCGUCUGUCCCACCUGUGACUACACCGCAAGUCCAAGCCCAGUCUAACAAUAGCAACAACAAAAAGGGGACAUUCACAGAGGACCUUCACAAGCUUGUGGAUGAAUGGGCAAGCAAAACAGUUGGGGCAGCACAAUUCAAGCCAACCUUAAAUCAACUGAAGCAGUACCAACAACGGCUGGACCUGGAGCACAAGCCUACACCACGCAAUGAUGACUCAAGUUCAGCAAGUCAAGGUUUAUCUGAAAAUUCGAAUUACAAAACUCGUCAGACUUGUCCGACCCCCAUGGGACUGAUGUCAUCCUCCAUUCCAGCAGCCCUUUCUGGAGCAACACAGUCUGGUAUAUUACCAUCUUACAUGAUGCCCUUAUGUCAGUAUGCAGGGGGUUUACCAACAACAGGGUAUGGAGUUCAGUGGGCUGGAGCAACUAUGCCCACAGGAGGUCAGCAGAUAACUCAGUCAGCCAGCAUGCAGAUAUUCCCAAUGUCCUUGCCGCAGCCCACCAUGAAGCAGUCUCAUUCCAACAUGAGAAUCACGUAGCUUUGAGGCCUUCCUUUGUAUGAAAGUCUAUAUUUUAAUUGUCUGAGCCUGCCCAUGCCUUGUGUGUUCUUAAGUCCCACCCCAGCAGUGCUGGGUAAAGUUGUAUGGUUAGUAGCAGCCCUCUUGAGCACUGUAAGAUGGAUGAGGAGUAUGGCAUGACUGCAAAUCCUGUCCAAACCCACAUCUGCCUGCACACAACCAUACUCUGCAUUCCACGAUCACUGUGAAAGUCAUGCGCAUAGUCUCAUAGCCCUUACUGCUUGGUCUACAUUUCUGUGGUUUAUAAUUUUACACAUUCUGAAAUGUAUAGUACUUGAACUAAAAAAAAUUGAGAGGUUUAGUGCCUUGAGUUAUUUCCAGUUUGCCUGGAAAACCUGUGUGAAAAAAUGGAAAGAAGAAUGCCAACUUUUUUGUUAUUCCAUCCACCAUUUUUAUUUAACCAUUUUUUCCCAGCACAUACCUACCAUACAUACAUAUGGCACUUUUUGUUUCCUUUUUGCCUUACCUGUGAAAGAUGGAUGUUGUGUUUUUAUAUACCAGUACCCUCUCUCCAACUUCAUAAAUUAUAAUAAAUAUAUAUUUUUGUUUUUAAUUUAUACCUGUAAAAAGCAUAAACACUGGCUUUUUAUUUUAAUCUAGAAAAUCGAUAAACUUAUUGACACUUGCAUAAGAAAAUUUGUUUCCAGGUACAAACGGAGCUACAUUGUCAUUGGAAGAAUGCAUCUAACAUCUUUAUGUAUUAUUUUAAUGCUUUGCCUGAAUUUUAAUUUUAAGAUUUUUUUUUCCUUUUUUCUUUAUUUUUUUCAACCGAAGGUUUUUUGGAGGCAGAUUCUCAAGGUUUUCGAGAACUCCCAAAAUGAUCUCCUUUUUAGUGGUUUAAGCUCAUGGGUGGAUAUUUUAUGAUAUUGGUCAACAUAUUGUGGGCUGAUGUGCAAUCCAUUAACUUACCCAGAAGCCAAAAGUAACUUUGUGACACAUGCCUCAUUAGUGCUACUAUACAAUGCUCAGAUCGGUCCAGUCCAUUAAUUUCAAUACUUGGUUACUGAUGCACUUCAAAAUGACUUCUAGAAUAGGCUUUCACAAUCAUACACUUGGCUACAAACCUUGAGAAUAUGCCCAAAUAUUAUUUUUCGUUUGUUACUAUGAUUUACUUUGCACUUUAUUUAUUGCACACUCACAAUUUAAUCAGUGUUAGCACAUAUACAGAGCUGCUAAAAAAAAAAAAAAAAAAAAAAAAAAAAACUUUGAUUCUCUUUUUGGGGAAAAUUAUUGUUUUAUGUCCUUUCCACAUGAAUAAGUAGAAUGUUAAUUUAUUUUUCCUGGUAAAGGAGACAAAUAUAGUCCUUGCCCUUGUUGGUAACACAAUUCACUGUUCUGCCCACACUUCACUAGACCUCCUUCUUCUUUUAUAUAUUCACCAACAAUAUUAUGGGUUUCAUUUGUAAAACUGUUUUUGCUUUUUUUUUGUGUUUUUUUUUUUUUGUUUUUGUUUUUUUUGAUGCUUCUUUUUCAGAUUCAUAAUGUGUGGCAUCAGCAAUACUUCACUAAACAGAUACUUUGCAUAGACUUUACAGUUGCUAUAGUGAACAAUCUAUAUAUUAUGCAGCUCACAUUGAGUAGCUGCUAGAAUUAAAGGUAGAUCCAGCUGUGAAGACAAAUCCUUUGUUCUGUUUCAAGAAGGGUCAAGGAUGGUCACUGCCACCAGUACUACUAACACGCACCAUACAAAACCUGUGUAGACUAUAAAUGUACUUGGUGGCUUUCAAACUUAUUGUACACAACUUGUCAGAAUUGCUGCAACCUGCUUACUAAGACAAUACGUGGUUGGUUAACCCUUGAAUCCCCUAAAACAGGUAGUCAGACAGGAAAACUGGAUACAUUUCUCUUUCAUGAUAUUUUGGAUUCUCCCCUAGAGGCCUUGGCGCCUUGUUCUGUCAAGCUGUGAAAUGUAUCUCCCAAAGUCUAAAAGCUUUGUCAAUGUCUCCAUUUUGUUGGUAAUCCCUGACUGUAAACUCAUCAAUUCUGUUGGAAUUGAAUUUUAUAUUGACCAUUCUGCAGGGCAAGAACCUUUUAAGAUAGAAAGAGAUUUCUGUUCUCUUCAAGAUCUUGAAUUUGUUUUUAGAUUCAUGUGUGUGCUUCAUGAGCAAACAUGGGAAGUAUGUACUGCACUCCUUUCCCCAUGCUUGCACUGAAUCUUACCUUCCAAGUCGCUCUUGCCUGAUUGUAUAAACUGUCCUCCUCUCCUGUAUGCUGACACAGUCAGUGGCACCAAUGCCUCAAUAUUGUACAAUAAUACAAAAUAAACAUUUUGUGCUUGAAAACAU